CUAUCUUAUUACCCAUCUCAAUUUGAAACGUCAAAAAAUUAAGUUAACUAACUAAAAGCAAUGGAUUCCGGAAUGUGCCGUGUCUGUAUGAGGGAGAAGGAGAACAUGCUAAGCGUCUUCGAAACGAUGCCGCUACCCGGCGUGUCCCUUGCCACCAUGAUUUCCCUGUGGCGCGGCACUCCGGUUCUACCAAAGGAUACCUAUCCCAAGACCAUUUGCCAGUCUUGUGCUCGGGAUGCGCAGAGGGCUUACGAAAUGGACAACGUGCAGGUGGAAGAGAUAGUGAUGGAGGAGACAACCGAUGUCGGUCAGUUAAUGUUGGGGACAAUUGACUUGACGAACGAUCCACUGGCGGACGACGUAGAAAAUCUGCGCCCCAACUCAAACUCCAACGGGGAUGGUGGCAAUGUGAGCAAGACUAACAAAGAAAAAAAGGUUAAGGUUCCUAAGCCGCUGAAGAGUGGACCAUAUAAAUGUGACAACUGCCCCAAGUCUUUCAUGUUACCUGCCCACCUUAAGUGUCACAUGUGGGUCCAUGCUAGUGAGAAACCUCACAAAUGCUUGCAAUGCUCCAAGUCCUUCGCACAAAUCCGCAGUCUUAGGCGCCAUAGGCUCGUACAUACUUCGAGACCUGAAGAAGGAAGCUCCUUCUUCAAAGGAAGCUCUUCUCUUAAGGACCAUGAGACCAAGCAAGCCAAAUAAAGCAAAUUCAAGAAGAAUGACCAGGAUGGAAAAGACGAAUGCAACGUGUUACCAAAGUAAGGGGAUCUCCGGACAGCGAACACCUCCAAAGUACCUUACAACGAUUAUACUCAUUUUUUGUCGAUCCAAUAUAUGACCGUUGGAAUAAAUAUUAAACCC